GAUUUCCCCAGGACAUGAGGAAAUUAAAUUUUUCAGCCCAGUCGCCCAAUUGUGCAGGCGGUCACAGACAAUGUCGUGAUCGAGAAACGGCAGAAUGAGCCGGCAUGUAUGAGGGACUGAGGGCAGGAAGAACGGGUGCCCCCGACCCGAUGAUGUCGUGAUUGCCCCUGUCCUGUCUUUCUUUUAUAUCGGACUGGUCAGGUCGUCUCCAUUGUGUUCUGUCUACAUCAUCUCUUGCCUCCCACUUCCAGUUCCAGUCCUUCCGUCAUCCCUCCAAGUCUGUCGAGCCAUUACAUAUAGACCCGCUUGUAUUUCAUCUGCUCGUCCUUGGGAUUGACUUGUCUACCAUAUACCCUGUCAUUCGACUCCUCAUUCACCAUGCCUGCGAAGACAUCUGAGAACUACCCCUCUGCCUAUGAGGCUGCCGACACUGCCACCGACUCUGGCUAUGUCAGUGGUGGCUCUAGUGAUGACUACUCUCCAGAAAUCGUCUUCACUAAGCCUCACUUGAACUUCCUCAACAGACAAUUGCAGUUUCUUGAGCCUCAAGACGUCCUGAGAUGGUGUGUCACCUCUCUGCCUCACCUCUACCAGACCACCGCUUUCGGUCUCACUGGUCUUGUGACCCUGGACAUGCUGUCCAAGCUGGACGUGCCCAGACCCCAGAUGGUUGAUCUCAUCUUCCUCGACACCCUCCACCACUUCAAAGAGACCCUGGAUCUGGUCGACCGUGUCCGCCAGAAGUAUCCUCUGGUCAACAUCCACGUCUUCAAGCCUCAGGGUCUCGAGACCGAGGAAGAAUUUGCCCAGAAGUACGGUGCCCGUCUCUGGGAGAAGGACGACCAGUUCUACGACUGGGUGGCCAAGGUUGAGCCUGCCCAGCGUGCCUACCGCGAACUCAACGUUCACGCUGUCCUUACUGGACGUCGUCGCAGCCAGGGUGGCAAGCGUGGUGACCUCGACGUCAUCGAGGUUGACGAGGCUGGCCUGAUCAAGAUCAACCCUCUCGCCAACUGGACCUUCGAGCAGGUCAAGCAAUACGUCCAAGAAAACGAUGUUCCCUACAACGAGUUGCUCGACCGUGGUUACAAGAGCAUUGGUGACUACCACUCCACCCAGCCAGUCAAGGAGAACGAAGAUGAGCGGUCUGGUCGCUGGAAGGGCCAGGAGAAGACCGAGUGCGGUAUCCACAACCCUCGCUCCAAGUAUGCUCAAUUCCUUAUGGAGAUGGAGCGUAAGCGUCAAGAGGAGGCCCUAUCACAGGCUCUUCAGACGUCCUUGACGACAUCCGCUCAGUAAAGGCCGCUUGUCUUCUUUCUCACCUUGCAUCUAUAACGGCGUUCUAUGACCUGGGAGUUUUAUCUGGAGUGGAGUUACUUAGCCUUGUUGAUUUUCUUGUUUCAAAAAGAGACUCCAUGGUAUGGGAAAAGGAGGAUUAUGUUUUAUGACAUCUGGGAAUUCAAAGGCCGCUCGUCAAUCCUACUCCGAUCGGAGAUACUGUACAUACGGGGUUGGCGGAGACUGGCAGUGAUUUGCAAAAGACGGCUUACAAGCCAAGUACAUUAAUGACUUGCAUGAUACAAAUG